AUGAAAAAUGUUAUCCUAAAGUUAAGGAAAAUAUACACUUAAAUUAAAAAUUCUUUAAGUGAUAUUGCCCGUUUACUAAAGCACAGCAAUUCUUCAAACUUAGUUAGAUAUUUGCUAUUAAAAAUUUGUAUAUUAAUAUCAUCAUUUUAAGAAAAUUUUUUUAACAAAUUAAAAUUUUCAUAGGUGAUCCAAUGCCGAAUGAACAAAGCAUCCUCAUUAAUUUGAUAAAGCAGACAAAUGGUUUAGGAAGGUACAUCGCCAUCCCACAUCUCUUAAAUUGUAGCAGAAGUUAUAAUUUUAUUUAUUAUCAACAUAUACACCAUCAUAUAAAUACCUAUGGGUAAUUUUCGAGUCAGAUGCAAUUCUUUUGUACUUUAGGCACUCCGAGUACCACUACUGAUGAACAAACCUAUCUAGAAAAAUCCUGUUGCUUUGUAUAUAUUUAAAUCUGUUUCACUUUCUUUUUCAAUAAAUUGUAGUUUUGA